AUGCUGUCAGUCCCGAGUCUUCUGGACUGCUGGCAUGUCCGAGACUUGCCGCGCUUCCGGCGCGUCCUGAAAGGAGGCCCUCUUGAACGCAAUGCCGAUAAAGCACAGUUGCCCGCAUCGCACUCGCACUCGCACUCGCACGGAAGCGGCCACAGCACCGUUCAAGGCCCGUGUGCACCUGCCGAAGUAAACCGCCGCGAUUAUUUCGGACGCACAGUCCUGCAUCUACUUGCCUCGAGCGACGAUAUCGCCGCGCACGACUACCUCGAGCAACUGCUCACACAUCCCUCAGUAAAUCUUAAUUUGCAGGACAAGGAGAGCGGCUGGACCGCAUUGCACCGCGCACUGUAUGCGGGCAAUCUGCGCGUCGCAAUCCGCCUCUUACAGCGGCCAGAUGUGGAUACCUCUCUGCGCGAUCACGAGGGAUUCGCGCCCUUUGAUCUGUACAAUCUCACCGUGCGAGGAACGCAUCCCAGUGCAGAAGACGCCACCGAUGGCAUGGAUUUGUUUGUGUGGGGAGCGAAUCGGAACUAUACGCUUGGCCUCGGGCGCCACGACGACAAUACCUUGCCGGAACGUGUAAAAUUACGGCGCCCAGAAACCCAAGCCCAAUCCGUCCAGGAUCUGGACAAGUGCAUGGAUUACCUGGCGCGUGGCGAUGCUCAGCCUGUGCCGGGUGCACGGUUUACCCGCCCGCGAGUGCACGAUAUAGUCAUGUCAAAGUGGCACAGCGUCGUCGUCACCAACGAGCGCCGCGCAAAUGUAUACGUAUGCGGCAUCGGCACACAGGCACGUACGGGCCGCAUGCCUCAGACAUUGCCCGCCUACGAGCCUUUGCGCGACUUUCAAGAGCGUGCUUUGUGCGCCGCAGUGGGCCAGGACCAUACUAUGUUGGUGACAUCGAACGGCGCCCUUUAUACGUUUGGGUCUAACAGGAUGGGCCAGCUUGGCUACGUGCUUGAGGAAGGUCUCGGCACAGUAGCUUCGUCCACAGGCACCGCCCGCUCCAGCAGCGCUCCGACUAAGGUCCAGUCUGGGAUGAGCAUCAGCGUGAGCGGCACGGAACUCGAUUUGCAAGUCACGCCGCGCCGAGUCCUUGGCAACUUGAAGCGUGAAACUGUGCUUGGGUGUGCGGCAAGCAGGCUGCACUCUGUUGCCUUCACGUCCGACGCCGUGUAUACAUGGGGCACCAAUACCGGACAGCUCGGCUACGAUCGCAGCGCCGCGCCCGUCCAAAUUCUUCCUCGCAAGGUCGCGACCAUUAGCCAACCUGUGCGCCAAGUCGUCGCGACAGAGUUUGCAACCGCGUGCCUGCUUACCAGCGGCGACGUUGCUGUCCUCCACGGCGACGCACACUUUCGCAUCUCUUUUCCCGUCGCGCGUCUUUCCAUGGACACAUCGCUCUUUCGCCCUCGGCAAACGCAGCCGAAACCCACCAUUGCCAAGCUCACAAGCUCGGGCACGACAUUUGCAGCGCUCUCCGACGUGGGCGACCUGUUCACUUUCACGCUGGAGCAUCCCGCCGAUUUGCGCGGCGCCACUACGAAAGCCAUGGCGCCCAAGCCGCAGCUCGUAUGGUCCGUGCGCAGAAAAUUCUCCGCGGUCCGGGACGUGGCGAUUGGGCCAGAUGGAAUGUUGCUGUUGUGCACUGCGUCAGGGCAUGCAUAUUUGCGGACGCAGCGGAACGACAGCAUAAAGAGCAAGUCGACGUUAGCUCGUGCGUCCAAGUUCCAGUCUGUGCCGUUUUUGCAAAGGAUUGUGCGUGUGGUGGUCAACGAUACGGGCAGCUUUGCUGCAUUGCAAGCGCCGUCUCAACUCCGCGAAAUUCCCAUGCGCGGCCGCCCAUUCGAGACAGAGCUCUUGCGUUUGCUUCCACACAUGAACAGCACGCGCAGCGAUUGCAAUGCGAGCGAUGCCAGCUCCGACGCGCGCAGUUCCAUCUCAAACAGCUCCGAUGCGCACCAUUCGCGCCUUUCCUCUGCCUCUGACUCUGACAGCGAUGACGAUGCCAUGGAAGGCAAUAUGCUCCGGCGCUAUGCAACCCAGGCACAGACACUCGUAUCCAAUGCGGUCAAAUUGCGCCCGAAACUGCAGUACCCAUGCAUCCAGCUCCCCGACACUUUUGCACACGCGGGCUGCGACGCUUUGCUUGUCGUCGAAACGGGAAAGUACUACGUCCCUGCGCAUAAACUCAUGCUUGCUGCACGGAUUCCAUCACUGCGCACCGCGAUAUGGAACAAAGCCGCGCUUGCCGACCCCCUCCUCGGCGUCGCUGUUUCCUUUGAUCAGAACGGGCUUUGUGUGAUCCAGCGGCCGGACCUCUCCUUGAUCUCCGCCAUGUUCUUCUUGCAGUAUAUCUACACAGACGAUGUGCCGCCGGUGUGGACUGCCAAUCUCGGCAUGCUGAUUGGCUCUGUGAGCCGCGCCUUGGGCGUCACGACGGCGCCUGUCCUCCCCGAAUUACGCAUGCUCUCCAGCUCUUUGCACCUUGACGCGCUGUACCGCGCACUGCUUUCCGGUGUUUUUCGCACGCCCGAACCGACGAUGCAAAGCGCGUUGCAGCAUGUAUUUGACCGCGUCGCUGUGCAUCCCAAAGGCGCGCUUAACACUGACGAUCCCUCGCUGGACACUGUCCUCCAGCUAGCCGAUCGCGACGUCGCCUGCCACUCGUUUUUUCUUCGCCGCUCGCCCAUGCUCCACUCGCUCUACGAGUGGCACAGAUCGCGGGGAGAUACCGGCACGGUAUACAUCAAUCUCGAGCACCAGCCGUGGCGCGUGGUUCGGAUUGGCCUUGUAUUUUUGUACUCCCAAGGCGACCUCGCCAUUUUCCACGGCACGGACCAAGCUGUGGGGCCCGACCAGUUUAUCGAUCUAGUCCUGGACGUACUGCAGCUUGCCGACGAACUCUUGCUCGACCAGCUGCAGUCUCUGUGUCUCAUACUGCUCCGCCAGCGCGUCAAGGCGACCAAUGUCGGUGCACUCCUUUACGACUCGGCGAAGUACAAUGCCGUGGCAUUCAGCGAGGCGUGCAUGGAUUAUGCAGCACGCAAUCUCGAGACGCUGCUCGAGUCGGGCUACUUGAACGAGCUCGACGGGCUCAAUAUGGCCAAGCUGGAAGACUACAUCCAGCGGAAACAAGACCAAUUAUUGAGCCGCACGCUUGCAAAAGACCAUCUCUUGGCACUCACGCUCAAGCACCAAGCAUUUGUGGACGCAUUAGACAUUCCCCCGCCGUCGCUGCACCUUGUAUGCCUCAAAGUCGCGAAAUGGGCCAAGUCGCCCGUCCUCGCUGCGGCGGACAGCAAAAGUCCACAGAUCUGCGCGAGCCAAGGAGACGAGAGUCUCUUGUUUGCCAUGGACGACGUCGACGAGGCGCGUCCUUCGCACGAGGAGGAAAAGCAACACGCGGAAAACUGGCAAACUGUCACCCAGCGCAUUCAGCCCAAGGUGCGCUCGCCGGCUGUGCUGCCCGUGUCUGCCGACAAACAGCCGCGCCAUUGGAAUCUGGAUGCACAGACGCCCAACUCGCCGCUUGCGCCGCACCAACUGUUGCAUCCGCGCAAGCCGAGCGCGUUGCCAUCGUCUUUGCCGAGCGUCACUACAGAGACGCAAGAGGCGCUCGCGACGAUGCAACUUUCCGCGCGCGUCUCGCAGAAAGAGCGCAAGAAACAGCGCCACGCACCCGAGCCGAGUCUCCAGCAAUCUUUGCCUGUAGCUCCGGGCAAAGUCGCAUGGAAUACGUCGUCGCCCAAGCAGGCAUCUGGCUCGUGGAAAGCGCCUACGGCGGGAUUUCCCAACGCACGAUCGCCUGCUUCGCCCUCGGCGCUUUCCUUUGCACAGAUCCAGGCGCAGCAGCAUGCGGCACUCGAACAGGAAGCGUCGCAGCAAGCACCCAAGAGUUUUGCGCAAAUUAUCCACGAAGAACAGCAUGCGCGGGAGCGGCACCUGCAAGAACAGCAGGAGGCUGAGGCGUUUGAGCGCUGGUUUGACCAAGAAUCGCGUCGUGUCCAGCAGGAAUCCCUGCGUGGACGGCGCGGAAAGAAUGCUGGGGCUAGGGGGGGUCGAGGACGUGGGCGGGGACAGCGAUCGGUGCCUGCGCGUAUUGACGAUGAUAAGUGUAUAUAG